AUGUGGCCCUUCACAAAAACUAAUGACGCACCCAACAACAAGUUAGGCAAUGGUUUACCUACUGAGUUAAAAGAGUUCCUUCUCAAGGAAAACUCUGAAUCUAAGCACUUUGGAUUUGAUGAGUCCUCCAAGUUUGAUGCUUUGCCCCAUGACAAACAAGUUCGAAAUAAACUCGAUAGACUUCCACGAAUGUCAGAAAAUGAAGCAUUUCAACUCGAAGAAUACAAAGCUAGUAAUCAACUAUACAACGUGGUAUCCAUCAACUGUGCUGAAAUUGAAUAUAACUUACAUCAAUGCUACCAACAAUUUUCAACGAUUCGCAACAUGUUUCAAUAUCCAUGCUUCAAACAACAAAAUGCGGUACGAAGUUGCAAAAAUUUACAAUCUGACGGAUUCAAAGUGUUGCACUAUCAAGAUUGUUACAAUGUUGAACAGUGUACGGCAAUGAAAUCAUUUGUCGAUCAAGUGUUUGUAAAGAAUUUUGGCAAGUUGGGAGAGUUUAGUGAUAAUCCAGAAAACAGCAAAGCCUAUUAUCGUGACUUGAAUGAUGGGUUUAGGUAUUUUUGGUCCUAG